ACCUCCCUACCGCCCCCCACGACCGAGGCCACCAGCUCCCCGCUGAGCACCGCCCUGGGCUCCUCCACAGUCACCUCCACGGCCACGUCACCAGCAGUCGGGUCCACGGCCUGCGAGCCUCGCUGUGCCUGGACGGAUUGGCUAGACGAGAGCUAUCCGGUGCCAGGGGCCUCCGGUGGGGACUUUGAGACGUAUGCCAACAUCCGGGCGGCCGGCAAAGCCAUCUGCAAGCGGCCCCUGGACCUGGAGUGUCGGGCCGAGCUGCUGCCCAACGUGCCCCUGCAGGAGCUGGGCCAGGUAGUGCAGUGCAGGCUGGGCGAGGGUCUGGUGUGCCACAAUCGUGACCAGGUUGGCCGGUUCAAGAUGUGCCUCAACUACCACAUCCGUGUGCUCUGCUGUGACGACUACAGCCACUGUCCCAGCACCCUGGCCACCACUACGAUGACCCCCCGGGCCACCAGCCCGGGUCCGACCCCCACACUGGCUGCCAGUACCACCGUCUGGUCCCCAACGACCCCCAGUCCUACAGCGCCCAGCAUGGGCCACACCGCGGCCACCUCCCCGUGCCAGCCCGCCUGCCGCUGGACGGGCUGGCUGGACAGUGACCAGCCCCUGCCCGGCCGCUUCGGGGGCGACAUUGAGACCUACUACCACAUCCAGGACACGGGCGGCCAGCUCUGCGCGGAUCCCGAGGCCAUCGAGUGCCAGGCCGUCCUCUUCCCGGACGUGCCCUUGGAGCAGCUGGGCCAGGUGCUACGAUGUGACGUCAACUACGGACUCAUCUGCAGGAACAACCGGCAGAGAGGAGGCCAGACUUGCCUCAACUACCACAUCCGCGUGCUCUGCUGUGACGACUACAGCCACUGUGCCAGCUCUGCGGUCCCUGAGCCCACCAGCAGCAGCAGCAGCAGCAGCAGCACAGGACAAAGGUCAUCGCAGGUUCCUGGGCCGCGGACGACGGCCACGCACCCCUCCUCCCCUGCCACCACCCGGAGGGUCACUGUCCCCACCACCCAGACCGUUCCUCCUUCCUCUGUGACCACCCAGACC